AUGACAACGCCUACAAACGACGCCAUUCUCAAGCCAUCUACAUCUCGAUUCAUACUUUACCCUAUCAAAUACCCAGAGAUAUGGGACGCGUACAAGACGGCGCAAGCGUCGUUCUGGACCGCCGACGAGAUUGACCUCAGCGCCGACGUCAGACACUGGACGUGCCGCCUGACCGAUGAGGAGCGCGCCUUCAUAUCGAUUCUCCUGGCGUUCUUCGCGGCAUCUGACGGCAUGGUCAACGAGAACCUCCUGGAACGAUUCUGCGCCGAAGUACAGAUUCCUGAAGCCCGAUGCUUCUACGGGUUUCAGAUCAUGAUGGAGAACAUACACGCUGAAACAUACGCUAGCAUGCUGACUACGCUGAUACAGGACAAUGCUGAGCGCGAUCGCCUCUUCUCAGCGACAUCGACUAUCCCCGCCAUCAAAGCAAAGGCAGAGUGGACGAUGCGCUGGAUAGAAGACAAGCACCAACCAUUUGCGGUCCGGCUGAUCGCGUUCGCAGCAGUCGAAGGCAUAUUCUUCUCGUCAUCGUUUGCAGCUAUCUUCUGGCUACGCAGCCGUGGUCUUCUGCCGGGUAUCUGCCACUCAAACGAACUGAUUGCCCGAGACGAGAGCAUGCAUACAAUGUUCGCGUGUCUAUUGUACAGCCAGCUCCAGACAAGGGCGCCGAAAGCAACGGUGCGCGCGGUCAUCCGAGAAGCUGUGGCGCUGGAGAAGUCCUUUUUCGCGGAUGCACUACCCACCCGCCUGGCAGGCAUGAACACCGAGCUGAUGGGCGACUAUGUGGAGGCCGUUGCAGACGACCUCCUGAGACGCUUAGGCUGCCGUCCCAUAUAUGACAAGGAAAACCCGUUCCCAUUUAUUACCAGCUCCGCGCUGGACGGACGAACAAACUUCUUCGAGCGACGCGUAUCGGAAUACAGCGCGGUGUCGCACAUGCACAGCAACGCCAUCAAUGCCGACUUGGACCGGCCUCCGCGCGAGUCCGAUUUGUAA